AUGUCAGGCGGAGGCGUGCAUCUGGGUAUGGGGAUCAGUGACGCCACGGGUCUGGUGAGUAAGACUGCUUCAAUAUCGGUCCAUGUGAAAGGGUGCGUCGGAGAUUUACGUGUCCCUUUGUCGGAUGAGAAAAGGUAUUCAAGGAAACAGCCCUUAAUGGUAGUUCCUGAUAACGCUUGGAAGCAUGAAUGCACCGAUGUUUCUGACAGUGGUGGUUUCUCUCGUGAUAUGGUUACACCGUCCGGUGGUAAUAUUAAUAACGAUGGUCAAUUUUCUGGCAGUGGAAAUAUCGAACAGAAAAAAAAUUUUGAAUUGAUGGGAAGAAUUUCAGCCAGGAGUACAACUGUUACAGAUCCACCGACUUCUGUUCACAAUAUUUCACCUGCCGAAAGAACGCCUGGGAAUCAGAAAACUGUAUAUUCCACUCGAUUUAGAUUGCCAUUAACCUCAACAAAAGAUAUGACAAAUAACAACUCCACUAAGAAAUUUAAUUCGAACACCCGUCCGUUUCUCUAUCUUCAUCCUCAAACUCGCACUAAAUCAAAGGCACCAGACAAAGGCAUUCUUGAUAAAGUUGUUCGUUAUUGCCACUUUAAGCAGACACACGAUCGACAGUCCCACAAACAUUAUUGCACCGAUGUUCCUAGAUCAAAAGCUAAAAGAAGCAAACUGAUAAAGCAUCAUGGGACAACUUUGUCUACUCUUGAAGAGGAGGGUAAACCCACUUCUAUUUUACCUACACAGGAAAGCCACGAUGCAAAGAAUACAUUGAAUACCUGUCAAGACAAAAGUGAAGACGAUGACCAGUUAAUGGCGCAGUUAUCAGCACAAGUUGAGCACAUUCACCUUUCUUCGGAAAGCGUUAGCACACCUGAACUAAGCACAAUCCCCGUCGAACCCCAGCCUACCCAUCACAUUACCUCAUCGCAGCCAGGUGUGCAACACUUGCGAGAAAAAGAUGAUCCUCCUUCACAAUCCCCAAUUGAUGAGGUGAAUACACUAACGUCAAUACCAGAUGUGUCAACUGCGUAUAGACCUAUGAAGUGUGAAGGUGAUAUAAGGACUGAUGUUAUCUUGGUCGAUGGUGCCAAAAAUGAGGCUAACUCUGGAUUUAGAAGUCAGAAUUUCAUGCACUUCACAACAACAGUUAGUCAGCCCAUUCGAAAGCUCAUUCAAGUCGCUCCCAGCGUUGCUCCGAGAAACACGGCGCUGCAAUUAACCCCAUACAGUCAAACCACUCGAUGCAUCCCCAUCAGGAGCCAACUUCGAACGCGACAUCCGCGUAGACCCUACCAAUUCGCACCUAAUAUUAGCGUGAUAACGGCUGGUAAAAAAGCACUGUUCAUUAGGAAGCAGUUCAUUAAAAAAAGCUUUUUCCUACCUGAAAGCGCAAAUCUUGAGGACAUUCUGGCCGAUGCAGAUGAUAGGAGGAUAGUAGCAAUAUGUAACAGGUUUCACUGCGAAAUGGUGGCCUUCUCUAAGGUCCCGAGGAAGGGAUCCAUGAAGCACGAAGUGAUAAUUUCUGGUGGUUGCAGAGACGAUAUUGCAAAGUGUGCUCGAUGCCUUGAUGCGCGACUGAAUUGGUGCAUCUCACCCCAAUUGGAUUAA